CGCAAACCGACGGCCAUUUCCGGGCUCAAGGUUGCAUUUUACAGUAAAGGGAGAAAGUCUUGGGGAGGCUUCCUAGAUUAAUAAUGGCAACCUACAGCCUGGCGAACGAGCGGCUACGCGCCCUGGAAGACAUCGAGCGGGAAAUCGGCGCCAUCCUUCAAAACGCAGGUAAUGUGAUCCUGGAACUGUCCAAGGAAAAAACCAAUGAGCGGCUCCUAGACCGGCAGGCGGCGGCCUUCACGGCUUCGGUCCAACAUGUGGAGGCGGAACUGUCCGCCCAAAUCCGCUACCUCACCCAGGUGGCCACAGGACAGCCUCACGAGGGCUCUAGCUACUCUUCAAGGAAGGACUGUCAGAUGGCCCUGAAGCGAGUGGACUAUGCCCGCCUUAAGCUCAAUGAUGUGGCCCACACCUGUGAGCAGAUGCUGGAAAACUAG